AUGGCUAUUCCGACGCUGGCACUCGGAGCCGCUGCUUCAGUUGUUUGGGCCAUAUUGCUGGUGGUAUAUCGUCUCUAUGUCAGCCCGCUGUCCAAAUUCCCCGGUAGCAAACUUGCGAUCUCGACGGAAUGCUACGAGUUUUACCAUCAGGUGAUCCGAGGGGGUCAAUACCCGUGGGUGAUCCAGAAGAUGCACGAAGAAUACGGACCAAUCAUCAGGAUCAAUCCACAUGAAUUGCAUGUCAACGAUCCCGCCUUCUACGACGAGAUCUACAACUACAAGCAGUUGGAUAAGUAUGGCCCUCACACACGGCAGUUCGGACAUCCCAAUUCUUCUUCCAAUACUGUCGAGCAUGACCUACACAAGUCCCGCACUUCUUCCAUUGCCCCUUACUUCACGCGCGGCAACAUUCUCCAUCUUGAACAAGAAGUCAUCGGGGAGACGUUACGAAAGCUUUGUAAGAGAAUUGACGAGUUUCGGGGUACUGGGAAGCCUAUGCCAAUUGGUGUGGCUUAUCGGGCUUUCACGACGGAUGUCAUCUCGAAGUACACCAUGGCCACUUCGUUCGGGUUCCUUGACGAGCCUGACUUCAAAGAGACUUGGUUCAAUGAGUUUCUCGAGAACGUUGGUAUGGUGGUUGAGAAAACAGUCGAGAAAGCCAGCAGAGCUGGAGUCGGAACCAAAUCAAACUCGAUCCCAACCGUCUUUUACGAAAUGGCGCACAACGAGAAAGUGCCGGCAGAAGAAAGAAGCCUCGAUCGCCUCACAGACGAAGGAGUCUUGUUCAUCGUGGCCGGUAACGAGACGACUGGAAAUGCCCUGUCCAACAUGACCUUCCACAUCCUCAACACCCCGAGAAUCCUCCAAAGUCUCAAAGCCGAACUAUCUGCCGCUAUUCCUAACAGCGAGACCAUACCUCAAUGGCGGGAUCUGGAACAUCUUCCCUACCUGAGUGCCGUCAUCAAAGAAGGUCUCCGCAUGUCCUACGGCGUCGUUAGCCGCAUGCCUCGCGUCUCUCCAAACACAGAAAUCAGAUACAAGGACUGGGUCAUCCCUCCCAACACUGCCGUCUCGAUGAACAACAUGGACAUGCACGACGACCCCUCUGUGUUUGUCAACCCCAAAUCUUUCGACCCUGAGCGUUGGCUGCAGCCUGAAAGCAUCGAGCUACAGAAACAGCUCGCGCCGUUCUGUCGGGGCACGAGAGCCUGCGUGGGUAUGAACUUGGCGUAUGCAGAGAUGUAUAUUGCGCUGGCUACGAUAUUCCGUAGGUACAACAUGGAGCUUUAUGAGACGAGUAGGGUGGACGUGGAUGUUGCGCAUGAGUUUCACAUUCCACAGGUGAAGAAGGGGUCGAAAGGGGUGAGGAUGCUGGUGAAGUGA